CCAGCAAUAUGAAAGCAGUCAAUAGCAAUGAGAGCUUAAAUGGUCAGAAGACCAAUGAAAAUGCUUAUAAAGAUACAGAGAAUGACUCUUAUGAAGACGAUUUCGAGGAAAUUAAUAAAAAUUAAUAACCAGAACAAAAAUUCAAGGAAUUUUAGACAUUCCCAAAUACUCAGAACUUACGACGAUAGCAAGAGGAAACAAGUACUGAGAUCUUUGGCAGGCCAAAGAUCUCAGGAUGUUCUUACUCAGGUACCUGGAAAGACUAUUUUGGAUUCAAUAAAAGCUAAAGGAAAUAGGAGAUUUAAAGGAUUGAGGAAUGUUAAGUCAAGGUCAUCGAUUCAGAGCCUAAAGAGAGACUCUCGGUAUAAAAUUCCAUCUUCUUCUGCUACCGUAGUGGUAUGUCCCCAGUCAAAAAUCGCCAAAAUGAACAAAUAUUUAAAGAAAUGAGAGAUUUUACGGCACAAAAUGAAAAAAUCAUCUGAUGAUAACCAAAAGUCAAAACUACUUGUUCAAGAGAAUAAAAUCAUGAGGAGAGGGCUGAAGGAGAUGAAUGGUUUCCUAUCAGACCUCAUAGACCACUUAAAGGAGAAAUAAACUUGCUAGCCUCAACUCAUUAGACUACAAAUACGGAAAUAACGGAAAAUUAAAGAAGACUAGAGAGGAGAAAAUCAGGAAGCUGACUGCUGAAUCACAGAACUAUCAGAAUAUGAUAGCCAAUCUCUCUGAAGAGCAUCGCAAAUAUAAAGAGAGGAUCUUUCAGAUUAGUGAUCCAAGCUUCAUCCUCACUCUUCAGAAAGAGGUAGCUGAGUCUUCUGAGCAAAUUGAUAAAUUGAAUAAGCAUUUGAGAUUUUUAAAAGAUGAUCAGUUUAAGAGGGAAAAGAAAAUGGGAGAGGUCAUAUCUCAUGGAGUCACAGAUGCUAUGGGAACUAUCCAGGACAAUGUCAAGCAAAUGACUGUUCUUUCAGUGAAGAAGAAGAAGUAUGAUGCUCAGAUUCAGUUCCAAGCUGAAAACGAGAGUCAGAUAGAUCAACAUACUGAGGAUAUGAAAUAAGAAAGUCAGUGAUUUGGAAGCUAAGGUCAGAAGUCUUGGUCUGGAUCCUGAUGCUGAAGAAACAGAUACUUUUUCAGAACAUCUGAAAGAUCCCUUAUUUAUCAAGAUUAAGAAACAGAAGUUAGCGAGGUAUUCCAGAAAAGUUAUGAGUAAAAAGUUCUUUUCAAAAUUCCAUGCUCAAAAAGAGAAACUUGAAGACAUACUGUCACAAUAUGAUGACUCUUUUGAGAAAGAUAGCAAGUUUACUAUCUCUGGUACUGAUUUUGGAGAUGAAAAGUAUCUGUUGUUAAGUAAAUUAAGCAAGGUGUGAGGAGAAUUAAAGCAUAGUUUACCCACUAUUACCUCAAAACUUCCCUGGACUACUUCCAUCAGUUUCAAGCCAAGGUCCUCUAGCGGAAGUAUGGGAUAUCCUUAUGGCCAACAGACAGUUAAGAGGUUUAGGAAGAUAAAUUCAAGGUCUGUUAAUGACAUUCAUGAAAAUGCUUCUUCAUCCGAAAUCCGUAAACUACAAGGAUCCCAUAGCAGCUUAUUUAGCAAGAGCACAUCAAAGCCCAAAGUCCUUCUUGACACCUACAAAACACCAUAUAUGCAUAACGCAGGAUAAGCUGCUAUAUUCUUCAAUCAAUUACAC